CAUUUCCAACAAACAACUAUACAGAACUUCAUUCGAUAAGUGCUCGCCAAAAUUCGAACAGCGAAACACACACGCAUACACUAGAAAUCAAAUCCGCAUUUUGAGCGCGCCAAAAAAUAUCGUCAUCGGUUUAAUUCGAGAUUUGCUCGCAGCCCAUAAUUAAAGCUGGCAAAAUCAAAAAGAAAAUUCUUCGCUCUCCUUUUUCUAUGCACAACAGCAACGCGCGCCAUACUGUUUUUGAAUAUUAAACAGCGAAUUACGCCGCGUCAAAUUUAAUGCCCAGAGACAUUCAGUGAAUUUAUAAAAUUCAAUUUACGAACUCUGCCGGAGAGGGCAGAGCAGAGCGUAGCCCCAAGUAACCAAUACACUGACGACGCCAGCAGCGCAGUUCACAGCGACAGCGGCAGCAAAUCGACCGAGCUUCCCAACGACAAGCAUUCAGGCAGCCAACGGAGUCCACAGCGACAGCAACGAUAGCGACAACGACGGCGAUUUGUUUACUGUAAAUUUGGGAAUUUGAAUUCAAAUUGUGUGUGCAAUGGAGGAGCACUCGCGUCUAUUGAGCAUUUUGGGUGGCAUUGCCAUGAGCAUUGUCGGCUUUCAGAUAUGCCGCAAGGUGUUGCCCUGGAUCUAUGCGAAUGUGUUGGGACCCAGGCUGUGCGGCUCCUCGGUCAAUCUGGCCGAGAUGGGCGAAUGGGCAGUUGUUACCGGCUCGACGGAUGGCAUUGGCAAGGCCUAUGCCCGGGAGCUGGCACGCAAAGGGCUGAAACUGGUUUUGAUUAGUCGUUCGUUGGAAAAGCUGAAGACCGUGGCCAAGGAAAUUGGCGAUGAGUUUGGCGUGGAGGUGCGCGUCAUCGAUGUGGACUUCACGGGCGGCAUGGAAAUCUAUGAGAAGAUACGCACAGAAACUGCCGGCCUGGACGUGGGUGUGCUGGUGAACAAUGUGGGCAUCAGCUACAGCCAUCCGGAAUAUUUUCUGGACUGCUACAAUGCGGAUCCGAAGUUUCUGCGCAACAUUGUCGCUGCCAAUAUACAUUCCGUAACGCACAUGACCGCCCUCUUUAUGCCGGCCAUGGUGCAAAAGCGCAAGGGCGUCAUCAUAAAUCUAUCAUCAACGGCGGGCGUGAUACCCAAUCCCUUGCUGAGCGUCUACAGCGCCACAAAGGCAUUCGUGAACAAGUUCAGCGAUGAUCUGCAGACGGAGUAUAAAACACACGGCAUUAUUAUACAGAGUGUGCAGCCGGGCUUUGUUGCCACGAACAUGUCCAAGAUACGUAAGCCGAGCGUGUUUGCGCCCUCGCCCGAAACGUAUGUAAAAUCUGCAUUGGCCACACUCGGCAUUGCCACACAAACCGCCGGAUAUCUACCACAUGCAUUGCUUCAAUUGGUCAUACAUUUUACAGAGGCCGUGUUCGGUGAUCAAUUUGCCAGAAACGAAGUUCUUAAGAAUAUUUUAGGUACACGCAAGCGUGCCCUGCGGCGCCUAGCUAAGGAGCAAUAGCUAUCUUAAUAUCAAAUCCAAAAGUGUGCAAACUUGUUGAUGCCAUUUAGAGUCUGUGAACGGUUUGAUUGGGUUGGGAACGGUUUUGGGUAGUAGAAAGAAACGCAACGUCUCGAAACGCCCGUGAGGAGGGGGCACGCGUAUAUGCUAAAUGAUGAUGCCUGCCACAUGUGCCGCCAUUUAUAUAUAUAUAUAUAUAUAUAUACAUAUAUAU